UGUCAAAACAACGUGCUACAUUUGUGAUUAUUUUGCACCCGUUUUGAUUUCUCGUCCAGUAAAGAUGCUGCUCAAAAUGUUUGCGCGAUCCUUGCACAUACAUUCACCAUGCUGGGGCGCAGAGAAAUCUUUGUUGGCAACUUUAAGAAAAAAAACCGGUUACACAUUCACUAACUGUAAAAAAGCACUGGAGCUUCAUCAAAAUGAUUUAAUACAGGCGGAAAAGUGGCUAAAUCAACAAGCACAAGCUUUAGGAUGGUCCAAAGCGACAAAGCUGGAAGGUAGGCAGACUACUCAGGGCUUAGUUGCAGUUACUGUAAACAAUUCGGAUGCUGCUAUAGUUGAAGUGAAUUGCGAGACCGAUUUUGUUGCCAGAAAUAAAACGUUUCAAGAAAUGGUCGAGAUUGCGGCACAGACCUGCCUACAUUUUGCUGAGCAGCAACCUCAUGCAACAAAACCUUUAACAAAGAUUAGUUUGGAUUCCACUCAACUGUGUAGACUGCAAACAACAAAUGGUAAAACUUUAUCAGAUCAAUUGGCUUUGACCAUUGGAUCAUUAGGUGAAAAUGCCAUCUUACGUAGAGCUAUGUGUUUUAAAGCAGAUAAGGGCAUCCAUUUGUCAGUAUACGCGCAUCCUUCUGGCACACAACAAAACAGUGUACUACUUGGACGACUCGGGGGGUUGGUGGCGAUGCGGCAAAAAAUAGAUAAAGAAGUUGACAUGGAGAACUUAGGGAAAAAUUUAUGCCAACAUGUUGUCGGUAUGGAUCCAAAGAAAAUCGGCACAUCCGAUGAUGAACCUUCACCAAAUUCGGACGAUGAAACGUGUUUGAUUUAUCAAGAAUAUAUUGUUGAUGAUUCCAUUACUGUAAAUGAAGUGCUUGAUGAAAAUGGAAUUGAAAUCGUCGAUUUUAAACGAUUUGAAUGUGGAGAGAAUACAUCAGAUGGUGUUCCAUUAUCAAAUGUAGAGACUUGUCAAUGAGUGACUUCUCACUAAGUGAAAUACACUUUGUUAUAGUCUAGCUAUUAUUAAAGGCGAUCUUGUAUGCAA